AUGGCGGAAGUUUUCCAAGCAGAGGCGCAAUGGCUCGCCCAGAUGAAUGCCAUGAAACAAGCCAUCUCAGACCUCAAAUUGCCCCCACUAGAAGAGGGCUCGCAGAUGUACGGAGCGGAUGUCAAUUUCGAUCAGGACUCAUCCGACUCUUACGAUGACGAUGACAUCUGGGACGUCGACGGCGAGCUAAAUGAGAGCUCACUGAGCGAUGGGGGUGGCAUCAAUGGUUUUGACCCGCUGGAAUUCUCUGCGGAGGCGGCGCAUGGUCGCUCAUGGUUGCGCCAGAAGUGUGAAGACUUCUCAAAAGCACGCUCGGGUAUGAAUGCCGAAGACCUGGAGCAGCAGCUCACUGCCCUGUUAGCCUCUGAUAGUUCGGACGAGGAGCUUCAGAUGCUAUUGGCAGACAUGAUCGGCUACGAUGAUCUUGACUUUGUCAUUGAGCUUAUCUCCAACCGCAAAGACGUGUUAAAGCAGCCAUCGGCCUCUGUCAAGCAGACCGAGGGGCUUCUUGCGGGCCUACAGACCAAACAAGAACGAGAAGCCUUCCUGCGGCAGCAAGACUAUGAGCACAAGCACGCAAAGCUCGCCGCAGCACAGAGCCGCAGUGGCCCACAUUACCCCCACGUCUACAAGUCUGCGACUGCUGCAACUGGUAAUACGUUGGACAUCUCGGGUCGGCGGUAUGCUCUUCCUCUAGGAAGCGAGCGUAAAGAGUACGCCAAGUAUGAAGAGUAUUCAAUUCCUGCGACGAAGGUCGGUAGCAUUGCAGCUGGACAAAGACUCGUCCCCGUCGCUGAAAUGGACGCACUCUGCCAAAAGACGUUCAAGGGGUACCAGAGUUUGAACAGAAUGCAGAGCCUCCUCUACCCUGUGGCCUAUGGCACCAGCGAGAAUAUGCUUGUCUGUGCCCCUACCGGUGCCGGAAAGACCGACGCCGCCAUGCUUACUAUCCUCAACACCAUCUCGCAUAACGUUGUGCCCAGCCCGGCGGAGGAGCCACAAGCUACCGAUUUUGUGUUGCAAGCAAGCGACUUCAAAAUCGUCUAUGUUGCUCCCAUGAAAGCCCUGGCAGCCGAAAUCACCGAGAAGCUUGGGAAGCGACUGGCUUGGCUUGGUAUCCAAGUUCGAGAGUACACCGGCGACAUGCAUUUGACCAAAAAGGAAAUCACUGCUACACAGAUCAUCGUCACGACUCCCGAGAAGUGGGAUGUGGUGACCAGGAAGAGCACGGGCGACACCGAACUUGUGCAAAAGGUCCGGCUUCUGAUCAUUGAUGAGGUUCACAUGCUACACGAUGAGCGUGGCGCCGUGAUUGAGUCGCUGGUUGCAAGAACAGAGCGACAGGUUGAGAGCACGCAGUCGCUGAUUCGGAUUGUCGGUCUCUCUGCGACGUUGCCCAACUAUAUCGAUGUCUCAGACUUUCUCAAAGUCAACAGAAUGACCGGUCUCUUCUAUUUCGACGGUUCUUUCAGACCCGUUCCUUUGGAACAACACUUCAUCGGUGUCAAAGGAAAAGCAAAUUCCAAGACAUCGCGUGACAAUCUAGACUCUGUCACGUUCGAAAAGAUCAAAGCGCUCCUAGAGCAGGACAAGCAGGUAAUGGUGUUUGUACAUUCGAGAAAGGACACUAUCAACACAGCCCGGACUCUUUACUCGAUGGCGGUUGAUGACGGUUGUGCCGAUCUGUUCGCUCCAAAUCCUGAUGAUGGAGCAUAUCAACGAGCCAUGGGAGAUCUCAAACAGACUCGCCAACGAGAACUUCGAGACAUCGUCCCCAAGGGCUUUGGCAGUCAUCACGCCGGUAUGGCACGUUCGGAUCGAAAUUAUGUGGAGCGGGUCUUCGCCGAUGGAGCGAUCAAGGUGCUUUGUUGUACAGCGACUUUGGCAUGGGGUGUGAAUCUUCCGGCAGCUGCAGUCAUCAUCAAAGGGACACAGCUAUACAGCUCGGAUGCUGGCAAAUUCGUUGACAUUGGCAUCCUGGAUGUGCUACAGAUCUUCGGUCGUGCUGGCCGUCCCCAAUUUCAGGACUCCGGCAUCGGCUACAUCUGCACCACGCAUGACAAGCUGCAGCACUACUUAUCUGCUGUGACCCAACAACAGCCAAUCGAGUCAAAAUUCUCCCAGAAGCUUGUCGAUAAUUUGAAUGCUGAGAUUUCUCUGGGCACGGUUACGACUGUUGCUGAGGCCAUCACAUGGCUCGGUUAUUCGUACUUGUUUGUCCGAAUGCGUCGCAACCCACAAGCAUACGGCAUCGACUGGAAUGAGCAACAAGAUGAUCCACAGCUGGGUCAGCGACGGCGGAAACUGAUUGUUGACGCUGCCAGAACACUUCAUCGAAGUCAGUGCAUCAUCUACAACGAGAAAACCGACGAGCUCAAGCCCAAGGAUGUCGGUCGCAUUGCAAGUUUCUUCUACGUUCAGCACAGCAGCAUAGAGAUUUUCAACACCAUGCUGCAGCCCCUCGCAUCCGAAGCAGAUGUGCUCAAGAUGAUCAGCAUGAGUGCAGAAUUCGAUAAUAUCACUUCUCGCGAGAAUGAAGCGCAGGAGCUGCAUCAUCUGAAGCAGGAGUUUACAUGGUGCGACAUUGACGAUGGCAAGCGGACCGAAAAGGACAGCAAGACUGACGAGAAAGAGCUGAAGAUCAUUCAAAACCAUGCAAAGACCAAUAUCUUGCUCCAGGCCUACAUCUCACGAGCGAGGAUCGAAGACUUCGCGCUGUCUUCCGAUUCAAAGUAUGUCGCCGACAAUGCUGGCAGAGUCUGUCGAGCUGUCUUCGAGAUCGCUCUCAAUAGAGGAUGGGGUAACCUCAGCCAGGUCCUCCUCACCAUGUGCAAGGCGAUCGAGAAGAGGAUGUGGCCAUUCAAGCAUCCCUUUCACCAAUUUGACCUUACGCCGCCUGUACUGCGCAAUCUUGAUGAAAAGCUUCCUUCCUCCAGCAUUGAGAGUCUGCGUGAGAUGCAAGUCGCUGAAAUUGGCAGUUUGGUCCAUAAUCAAAAGAUGGGUGGCACCAUAGCGAGGUUGUUGGACAACUUCCCUACGGUAUCAAUCGAAGCUGAAAUAGCGCCACUGAAUCGAGACGUUCUUCGCAUACACCUGUACCUCUACCCAGACUUUGUGUGGAACGAUCGCCAUCAUGGUACCUCGGAAUCGUAUUGGGUGUGGGUUGAGAACUCGGAGACUUCGGAGAUCUAUCAUCACGAACAAUUCAUUCUUAACCGCAAGAAACUCCAUGACAAUCACGAGCUGAACUUCACCAUCCCUCUGGCCGAUCCGCUUCCGGCUCAAAUCUAUGUCAGAGUCAUCUCGAACAAGUGGGUGGGCUGCGAAAGUGUUCAUCCGAUAUCUUUCCAGCAUUUGAUUCGACCAGACACUGAAACUGUUCAUACCGAUCUGCUUGACCUACAACCACUUCCGGUUACCGCCCUGAAGAAUCCACUAAUCGAGGAUAUCUACCGGCAGCGGUUUCACUUCUUCAAUCCUAUGCAGACACAGAUCUUUCAUACCUUGUACCACACCUCCAACAAUGUCCUCUUGGGGUCGCCUACGGGAUCAGGCAAGACGGUGGCCGCCGAGCUCGCUAUGUGGCAGGCAUUUCGCGACCACCCUGGCAGCAAAGUCGUGUACAUUGCGCCCAUGAAAGCACUUGUAAAAGAGCGUGUGAAGGACUGGGGCAAACGUUUAGCUGGCCCGUUGGGACUGAGCAUCGUUGAGUUGACAGGGGACAACACGCCAGACACGAAGACCAUCCGCGCGGCCGACAUCAUCAUCACAACUCCCGAAAAAUGGGAUGGCAUUAGUCGAUCGUGGCAGAACCGAUCUUACGUUCGACAAGUCUCCCUAGUGGUCAUAGACGAGAUUCACUUGCUCGGCGGCGACCGUGGACCCAUCCUCGAAAUCAUUGUUUCCCGCAUGAACUACAUUGCUGCGCAGGCCGAAGCUGGAACCAUUCGCCUACUUGGCAUGUCCACAGCAGCUGCCAACGCUACAGAUCUGGCCAACUGGCUAGGUGUUAAACCUGGUAACAACCAAGGUCUCUUCAACUUCCGACACAGCGUUCGUCCAGUGCCGCUCGAGAUGUAUAUUGAUGGGUUUCCUGAACAGAAAGGGUUCUGCCCGCUGAUGCAAUCCAUGAACCGGCCAACAUUCCUUGCUAUCAAGAAUCACAGCCCGGAUAAGCCGGUCAUUGUCUUUGUGGCCUCACGGAGACAGACACGUCUAACAGCGAAAGACCUCAUCAAUUAUUGCGGCAUGGAAGAAGAUCCACGCCGAUUCUUGCACUUUGACAGUGAGGAUGAUCUGCAGCUCACGUUAUCCACAGUCAAAGAUGACGCCUUGCGAGAAGCCCUUGGUUUUGGCAUCGGCCUGCAUCACGCAGGGCUUGUGGAGUCAGAUCGUUCGUUGGCGGAGCAGCUUUUCGCCAACAACAAGAUCCAAGUCCUAGUCGCCACAAGUACACUUGCUUGGGGGAUCAAUCUGCCGGCACAUCUGGUCGUUGUGAAGGGUACACAGUACUUCGAUGCGAAGACAGAAGGGUACGUGGACAUGGAUCUGACAGACGUACUGCAGAUGCUUGGUCGCGCUGGCCGCCCUCAAUUCGACACAUCGGGCAUCGCCCGAAUAUUCACCAAGGAGGCAACCAAACCAUACUACAAGCACUUCCUGAACAUCGGCUUUCCCGUUGAAAGCUCGCUUCACAAAGUUCUCUCCAACCACUUGGGCGCCGAAUGCUCCGCUGGAGUCAUCCAGACCAAACAAGAUGCCCUCGACUACCUUACUUGGACCUUCUUCUUCCGGCGUCUGCACAAGAAUCCUACUUACUAUGGUCUUGAAAUAUCUGCGGAACAACAUCGCGAUGAACCGCUUGUUGCCCGGCAGCUCGCUGCAGAUUACAUCGUCAACCUCGUGGACAAGUCCCUUGAUGAUCUGGCAGAGUCGGACUGCGUGCUUGUCCACUCCAACGGCGAUGUUGACUCGACACCGUUUGGCAAGAUUAUGAGCUACUACUACCUCUCUCACUUGACGAUUCGCAACUUCCUCGCCAAAGCACGAGCGCUACCCGCCGGCAAGGUGGACUUUGCGAAUGUGCUCGCGUGGGUCUCGCAAGCGACCGAGUUCGAUGAGCUGCCGGUCAGACACAAUGAGGAUCUCGAAAACGCAGUCCUUGCGGAGAAUCUGCCCCUGGAUACGGCGGGGCUCAUGCCCGAUAUGCCGAUGUGGGACCCUCACGUUAAGUCCUUCCUGCUCCUGCAGGCGCAUAUGAGUCGUGCGGACUUGCCGAUCCGGGACUACAUCGGCGACCAGAACAGUGUGCUCGAUCAGACCGUCCGUAUCGUACAAGCUGGGAUCGAUGUCAUGACCGAGCUCGACCGGUUCGACUGUGUGCUGGAGCUCAUCAAGGUGCUGCAAUGUGUCAAGAGCGCACGCUGGCCAACCGAAUAUCCACUGAGUAUCAUGCCAUGGGUCUCACCUGAUUGGAAUCCAAAACGGGACGGCAAGGUACCGAAGGAUCUGAUCACGGCGAGUGAGCUUGCCCUGAAAGAAGGGCGCGUCUCCACGGACAAAAUGAUGAACGAGCUCGGCGUCCGAGGCAACUCACGCAGCGAAUUCGUCCGAGCCUUGAACCACCUACCCGUCCUGAACGUCAAAGCGGACAGCAAGGAAGGUGAAGUCGUAGUCACCGCCACGAGGAAGAACAGCCUCAUGAACGCCGAAGGCCGCAUCUACGCGCCAAGACUGAGCAAGCCGCAGACCGAAGGCUUCUUCGUCGUGGCUGUGCCCCAUGGUGGGAAGGGUAUCGCGGCGCUGAAGCGCCUCAAUUGGCCCAUCGGCCAGGGCGGCAGGGGUCGAGCCGGGCUGAUGAGCAAUACGAGGUUGAAGCUCGUGCCGGAAGAGGUCGAGAGGGUGGUGGACAUCAUUGUGGUCAGCGAUAGCUACCCGGGCAUGGAGUGGAGAGUGGGCGGAGUAGUGGUGCCCCCGAGCGUGCAGCAGAAGGUGGAUACCGUUGAGGUGCCCAUCGAUGAGGGUCUGGUGAAGAAGGCGAAAAUAGCGGCUGCUGAGGGCAGUGGAUCUUGA